AUGGCCCCUUACAUGGGCUCGCCAGCUAGUAGCUCAACUAGCAUCACCAAGAUCAACCGAACCAAAGUCAAAACCUCGGAGUGGCUGGAAAUCGCUAACGUGCCAUCCGAAAGCUGGCGAUCUAGUCCUGAAUAUGAUUCCAAGCCAGGACCAGAACAUCGCCGGGAUGAUAUUUGCAACUCUUCUUGGGUCUGGAAGCCGCCCCGAUGUGUCAAUUCAACGAAUCCGGACACCUCUGACUCAAAGUCGAAACAUCCUCGAGAUCUAAGCCAGCCAUCCGUCAAGCUAAAUCAAGAUGCAGCCUAUAUCAUUGCGCCCUUCGAGAGCACUCAGGACAUACCGAAAUUAGCUUGGUCAUAUUGGGGCUGGACCUUCCAAGAGAAGGCUCUCAUAUUCUGCGGUAAAGAAGUAACGUGGCACUGCAGGGAAAUGAUCUGCCGAGAGGACAUGGUGAAUGAUGAUGCUGAGAAUCGGAGCAAGCCUUUGGGGUGGCUCCGGCUAAGCCCUCAGCACUUCCAACUCUUCCAGUGGCCAGAUCUGUUCUAG